AUGACUUCUCUACACUUGAUCCCACCUUUCAAAGUCAAGGCCCAAUACUCUUGGUCGGGCGAGACCAAGAACGACCUGGGGUUUUUGGAAAAUGAUAUAAUAGAAGUUUCCAAAAUCAAAGGAAACUGGUUUUACGGUACACUUCUGAGAAAUUCUAAGAAGUACGGAUUCUUCCCGAAUAAUUUUGUAACCGUCAUCGAAGAAAGAUACAAUGGCUUCCGCCAGGAAUCGGCUCCCAACUUGACCACGAGUCAUGCCGCAUCGAUGGACCUAGGAAACACAACGGUAUCCAAAAUUCCUCCUAUUCCCAGUCGUGGGAAGGGCGGUUCCAGAUCUCAAGGCCACAGAUCCGCUCAGACUCGUUCCAGUCAGCAAUAUGACACGGGUUCACCAAAAAGAAGUUCUGGAACUGGUGGUGGGGGUGCGAGAACGAGCCAUCCUGCCCCACGACCACUGCACUCUUCUUCUACUUCGAGUCUGCUGGCAACAAGGCAGCAAGAAUACGUGGAAAAAUAUUCCAAGCGAAAAUCGUUGACUGUUCCUGAACAGCUGCAUUACAUGCCAGACAAAACUGGACGAAAUGAUCUGCCUCCUCUGCCGCCAAUGCCAUCCCCACAAUUGAAAGAAUACGCGAUGCAGAAAUCACGCUCCUCUAAUGACCUUUCCCUUUCUCCCCUGUCUGCAUCGAAAAGAUACUCCUAUGAAUUAAGCUCCAACAAUAACAGCCCUCGUGAUUCAUUGGGAUUUUUAACAACAUCUCGUUACAUGGAUGACUCCAUUACAAGCAGCGAAAACAGCUUAGCGUUCAUGAGUGACUUCAGUGCCACAAGUGCCGGGAGUUUUGCGAGACACAGAUUUGCUAAAUCCUUUAACGAUUCUUUGCAAAGGUCUCAACUCAUUUUGGAAGAGAGUUCCUCCAAUGGCCAUUUUGAAUCGAAAAGCCAAUCAAAAUUCGGCAACGCUUUCAAAAGAUUCCUUGCUCCAACUGAGACCCCUAGAGGUAAAAAUGCAUAUCCCAAACUACCUGAUUUAACAAAUUUGCAUCUAUCAUCAUCUAACGAGGGCAACUCUUGGGUUGAAGCCAAGGCGCAACUACACAGAGCUCAAACAAUAAACCAAAGGGAGCGACACGAACGGCAGAUACUCGCGUUGGAAGAGGACAGAUAUUUAGUUUUGCAUCCACAGGAAUACGUGAAUGACAAACUAAAUACCAACGAAGUGAAGCACGGGAGGCAACCCGGUUUAGUUGAUAUCGAAUUGGCUCGCCUAGAUGUUGAUUUUUUGAGAGAUUGUGCCCUGAGGAGAGCCAAAAGAGGUUUAUUUAAGAGUGUCGAAUCGUUUGCCAAGUACGCUUUUUCAAAAUCCUUCAAAACGCAAAUGGAACAACUUCUUGGCAUUUUCAUUUUCGUAACCGAGGAAUAUGACUUGGUCGAUGAUAACGGCCAAACGGAUUUCAAUGCUCCACCGCCUAAGAUCGAUAAGGUUUUACAAAGAUCCUGGUGUACCCCGUACGAGCUGGCCUGGAUUUUCAAAUUGUUGGCAAAUGCCAUUAACAUUCCUUGCGAGCUGGUCAUUGGAUUUUUGAAAACUCCUGGAAGUGAUAAUCAAAAGUUUCGAUACAAUCAUUGCUGGUUGAGUGUCUUAAUAAGCCAAGAAUGGCGGUUUGUCGAUGUCAUCUUGGGGAACAAAACCAAUCCUAUUCACGAAUACUCCAAAAACAAAAUAGCUCGUCAAGGUGAAUUUUUUUAUUUCAUGGCUCAACCAUUGCAUUUCAUAUACACGCAUGUUCCUAAACUCUAUCAGGAACAACACAUAAUACCUUCCAUCGAGCACACCGUCGCUCUGAGCUUACCGCUAGUGUUCCCGUCGUUUUUCAAAAACGAGAUCAUCUUGAAUAAGUUUAGCAAUGGUCUCUCGACGCUAUAUGACACACAAAUUUACGAGUGUACAUUGGCGCUUCCUAACGAUGUCGAAGUCUUUUCUUCCGUGAUUGUGGAUGGUGACGAGGAAACUAGUCGCAAUGAACAAGAUUUAUCACUGGUACAGGUGAGACAUAAGAAAAAAGAGCGAUUGGCAGUGGUCAAAGCCAUUCUGCCACCUUUUGCGUCCCGCGGAACUUUACACAUCCACUCUGGUAUCAAGGGCACCCAAACCACGGUUGAAAACGUACAUCCGCUGUCGCUUGAAAUCCCCAUCACACAGCGUGGAUUAGCGAAAGAUUACGAGUUCGUGACUCGCGUUCCUUCCAAGAAUGUUCAAAAAGUUGAGAUGUAUAUCAAACAGCCGCAAAAUAAGUUCUUGUUCCCACAACAAGAAUACCAAUUCCAAAUAAUACAGGCUCCUUGCGAUGGCGUGGUUCACGGAUCCAUGGGCUAUUCAAAAUCCAUAAACCAGUCUCUUGCAAUGCAAUCUCCCAGUGGUAAAAUUGUCCCGAUGAAGAAGGUGGACCCAAAUUGCGAGUACGGGACAUGGGAACUUCUUCUCCAGACUGUUGAACCGGGCGUAUGGUCCGGCCUCGUGACUGCAGAUACAGGCGUCGGGUGGUGCACUUUUGCGAGGUGGACAUGCAUACGAGACUAA